CACUGACUGGCCCAGUCACUGCUGGUCGACUCCUGCCAAAGUCAGUUUAAGGGCAGUAAUGGGAGUGGACUUUAAUUCACAGGAGGAGGGCCUGCCUGGGUCUGGAAAGGGGAAAAGAAAACCUUAUCACUACCCGUUAGCAUCUGUUAAUCUGAAUAAUCCUGCAGCUUCGAUGGAUAUUGGGAUUGCAAUUUUCAUCAUUGGCCUGGGAGCCCUGGCUGCUGCCUUCUGCCUCUUGCUAAUUGGUUUAGUGUACUCCGAGCUGAUGGACUGCGACGUCCCGCACGGAGUCUCGGCGAAACUCCACAUGGUUCACUGCCUGCUCGUCGGAGUGGCCGUCAUUGGCAGGAUCCUAGACCGUCUUGGCCUGUGUAAUCAGGUCCGCUUCACACGAUGGUGCACAGGCCUCAUCAUGUUCCGCAGGAGGCCGGUUCCGGACGGGCUCCGCAUCAAGGACCUGACCUUCGCCGAGGUGCCAGUGCGGGUGUAUGAGCCGACAGCACCCUGCUCGGGCAAGAGGAGAGGCUUGGUCUACUUCCAUGGGGGAGGCUGGGUUUCUGGCAGUAUAGAUACCUCAGAGGAAGUGUGUAGGUACAUCGCCACGAAGAGUGAAACCACUGUAGUGUCUGUUGGCUACCGACUUGCCCCAGAGCACAGGUACCCCACCCAGUUGGACGACUGCGAGGCCGCCACCUGCCAUUUCCUCUCGGUGGCCGCCGCCAGCUUCGGGGUGGACCCUGGCCGGGUUGCGGUGGGUGGGGACAGCGCAGGUGGAAACCUGGCGGCGGCCCUGUGCCAACGUCUGGCCGGGCGACAGGAGGGGCAUCUGCUCGCUCCCUGCGCUCAGGUCCUCAUCUACCCGGUGCUACAGAUGGCAGAUUUCAACCUGCCCUCGUACCAACAGAACCACGCCGUGCCCAUACUGCUCCGGGCGCGCGUGGCCUUCUACUUCCUGCAGUACCUCUGCGGAGAAGCGUACGCCUGCCAGGACCUGCUAGAGGGGAAGCAUGUGCCCGCUGAGCUCCAGCUGCACUAUGGGCGCUGGCUCGACCCCGCCGACCUGCCCGCGGAGAUCAGAGAGCGGGGCUUCAAGCGGCAGAUGCCCUCGGCGUACGACUGUGAGCUCUACCACUGCGUCAAAGCCGGGCUGGGCGCUGAGGUGUCCCCUCUGCUGGCAGAUGCUGACGCACUGCGUGCCGUGCCACCGGCUUUCAUCCUCACCUGCGAGCACGACGUGCUGAGGGACGAUGGCAUUUUCUACAGCAAGCGGCUGGAGCGCCUGGGCGUGCCGGUCACCUGGCACAACGUGCCCGACGGCUUCCAUGGGAUCAUCAACUUCUAUAACCAGGGCUGCCUGUCCUUCGCCACUGCAGAGAGGGUAUUAGAGAGUGUUGUCGACUAUGUGAAAACACUGUAGAGAAGUGAGACGGCUGGUGUGGCUUGAUUAAUGUGUACUGGGGUUGUUAUUGUGUCAGUGUGACUCGAGUCACGCUGCGUCCGUCUGGCCAAAGAAUUAAGUUGACAUGCAGGGUAAGACAGUGAAUGCUUUGAUGGUACAGUCAAUGAUUUGUGGACCAAAGGUCAACUUUCCUUAAUAAGGCUGCAUUAAGAAACUUCAAAUAGAUUAUUUAUGUUAUGAGAAAAUGUUUUCCAUUUUCCAUUUUCCUUUUUCACUGUAAAGUAACAUUCUUGUAACCAUUGUGAUGUAAUGCUAUUUACUUUGCUACUACCAACUGUCAGGAUUCCAUUCAACCACUUUUUAAUGUUUUUGUUUUUCUUGUUACUAUGACAAAGGAACAGUAAUAAACGAAUACAUAUUUUAGAGUG